AUGGAUACUUGGAAUUGUCUUCAGGAUGUCCUCCGGGACAGAGCCGAGUCAGGAUCUGUCCUCAGCUUCCCCUUGGGGGACGUUUCCGAUCCGAUUUGCAUCUCUUAUAAAGACCUCUACUUCCAAGCACGGCGUAACAGUGGCCAGAUUCGGGGAAUCCCAAGGUUCAAGGAGCGUCACCCAAUCAUGCUGCACUUGGAUAAUCAUGCAGACAUCAUCACCUGGUUCUGGUCUGUCCUCUUUGCCAACGGCAUACCCGUGAUACUGGGCCCAUCAAUCCGCAGCAACAGUUCCAUGCUGGACCUGGCAGUACUGUUGGAAUACCCGAUAUGCAUCACGACAAGUGACUUGACGGACAUGUGGGAUUCCGGCCACGGGAUGUACCUGCAUAGAGUCGAGACACCGCAGAAGACGGCGUCAAGGGCGAUAUCCUCUGCCGAACCAAACAGCCAUGGGCAGUACCAGGGGGGCACUACAACGGCUAUUUUGAUGUUGACGUCCGGUAGCAGCGGAAGUCCCAAGGCUGUCAUGUUGUCUCACCGUCAGAUCCUUGCAGCCGUGGCCGGAAAAGCCGCAGUGCGGCCAUUGGAAAGCCCUCGGCCAUUUUUGAAUUGGAUAGGUCUUGAUCACGUUGCAAGUCUGGUUGAAAUCCAUAUCCAGGCUUUGUGGCUCGGCGUUGACCAAGUCCAUGUGCAUGCAAGCGACGUGGUUUCAGCACCAACAACAUUCCUUUCACUUCUUCACCGCUACAAAGUGGCCAAAACCUUUGCGCCGAAUUUCUUGUUAGCCAAGCUGCUCUCGGCUCUACAAGACGAGCAACAAGACAGGAAUUGGGAUCUCACAAAUCUCACCAUGCUCGCGUCCGGAGGUGAGGACACCGACACGAGCACGUGUGUCAAUCUAUCCUCGAUUCUCCAAAGGUACAAUGCCCCGGCGAAUGUAAUCACGGCUGGCUUUGGCAUGACUGAGACGUGUGCCGGGGCCAUCUUCAACCUCGAUUGUCCCGAGUAUGAUGUCAAAAGAGGCCGAGCCGUGGUUUCCCUGGGCACCUGUAUGGAUGGCAUUGAGAUGCGUAUUACAAAUCCUGGACUAGACCGAUCACAAGUUGCGGCACCCGACGAGCCUGGCGAUCUCGAGGUCCGUGGCAGCGUGCUUUUCAGUGGCUAUUAUCGUGAUGCGCGCGCCACUGCAGAAUGCUUCACCCAGGACGGCUGGUUUCGUACGGGCGACCAGGCCAGCAUCGACGCGCAGGGCCAUCUCAGCCUCAAAGGUCGCGUCAAGGAUCUUGUCAAUAUCAAUGGCGCCAAAUUUGCCAUGGCGCCACUUCAGACGGCGCUUGAUCAAGCUCUUUGCCAUCAAGCUGCACGUCUUGUCGCAUUUCCGUCCCGCGCAGCCCACACUGAGCAGGUGACAGUCGCAUACAUUCCUCGGAACUGGGACAUGCCUGCCAAGGACGUCGUCGAGAUCCAACAUCUGGCCGUACAAACAUGUCUGUUACGCGUUGGUGCCAGCCCAACCGUCUUCUCUCUUCGGCAGGAGUCCAUUCCGCUUUUGCCAGUAUCCUCGCUCGGCAAAAUCUCGCGGACCAAGAUGAGAACACUAUACGAAGCAGGUGCUUUCUCCAAGGAUGUUGAUCUGCACUUCAGUCGAGUGGAGCAGUUUAGAAAACAAAGACAGAAAAUGGACGAUACAGAAGCCAACGAUGCCGAAAAGCUUCUCAUCCGCUGUCUCUUGGACCUCAAGUCCAUCGACAGGGGCGCAAUCGGCGUGAACACAUCCAUUUUCGAACUUGGAUUCACUUCCGUUGACGUGAUUCAACUCAAGAUACGCAUUGAAGAGGCACUAGGAGCUAGUGUCUCUGUGACUUCAAUUCUGAGGCAUCCUACACCAUCUGCACUAGCCAAGGCCCUCUGCCCCGAGAGCGAGAAGGGCAGGUCGUUGGACACGCCGCUGAAUUCCAGUUAUGACCCCGUCGUCGCUUUCAACGCGGCUGGCAAAAAAACACCGCUAUGGCUUGUCCAUCCCGGGAUUGGUGAAGUCCUCGUUUUCGUCGGGCUAGCUCAGCAUAUCGCCAGUGACGAUCGACCGGUAUACGCACUGCGCGCCAGAGGCCUUGACCCCGGCCAAGAACAGUUCGUAUCCAUUGAUGAGGUGGUUGAUGCGUACCUGGCGGCCCUUCGACAGCGACAGCCUCAAGGACCCUAUGUGAUGGCGGGAUAUAGCUACGGGACCAUGAUUGCCUUUGAAAUGGCCAAGAAACUCGAAGCAACCGACGGACAUGGCACAGUACAAUUCCUUGGCUGUUUGAACUUGCCGCCGCACAUCAAAACGCGCAUGAGACAGCUCAACUGGCAAAAUUGCCUGCUGCAUUUGGCAUACUUUCUCAGUUUAAUAACCGAGGAGCAGGCUGAGCAAAUCGAGGACAUGAGCCAGGACGACGCCCUGGCAUAUGUAUUUCGCCUCGCCGACGCGGAUCGUAUCAGGGAACUUGGCCUGGACAAGCCUGGAUUAACUCGCUGGACCAACGUCGCACAUAGCUUGCCAAGUAUUGCUGUCAAUUACGAGCCUGAUGGUCAAGUUGACAUGCUAGAUAUCUUCUAUGCUACCCCGUUGAAAUCCGUGGCCCCAGACCGAACGAUAUGGGUGAAGGAGCAUUUGAGCAAGUGGCAGGACUUUUGCAGAUCGAAGCCUCGGUUGCACGAAGUUGAUGGUUCGCAUUAUACCAUGAUUGGACCGGAUCAUGUUGCUGCUUUUUCUGCCACAUUUCUUUCUGCGCUGCAUGCUAGGGGGGUUUAA